UUUUGCAAUUUUGAAGUUAUUUGAAUCUUUUCAAAACUAGAUUUGGAUUGUCGUUGCUCAAUGGAUCAAUCUGGGCUGCUUUUGAUUUUCUUAUUUUUGUACUUUUUUGUUUGGUUGAAAUCAUCGAUCUUCUUGCCUUUUUUCUUGUUUCAGCUUCUAACAAUACAUUGCUGCCUGAUGGAAAGGAUAUACAAAAAUUGUUGAAAGGAAGAUUGAUAAUUUUUAUAUUUGGAUGACUGAGUUAAGGAAAGGGGACCGGCUUAUCUUGUAAGAACGCGGGAGCUUUUGUAAUUAUGGGAGCAUUAAGGUCCAUAGUUUCUCCAUUUCACCGACGGCUGAUGCUAUAGAUUUUAUGCCUUUUCUCUUAAUGGUGUUAAGUUCUUGAUCAUUGAAGGCGUAGCAAGAAGUUAUAAUGGGCUCUACUAGCAGAAACUGUGAAAUAGUUGAGGCAAAAGAUGAGCAGAGGACACCUCGCCGGCUGCAAACUUUUCGUCAUGUGAAAUCACAGGAUAAAGACCAAAGGCUGCCGACUCUGAAGAAAGUGCACAACAAAGCUGUGGAAGAUGACAUCAAUAGGCUUUUCGAUGCAGUCAAUCUGAGAAAUUGCAAGAGUUUGGAUCUCACAGACUCUUGGAGGAAUGCAUCAAAGAAGCCAAUGAAGGCUGCUAGUUCUCUCUCUCCGGGAGUUGGUUUUUCCGAACCUGUUUCUCUUAAACAGGCGCUAAGAGGAAUGUGUAUUUCUCAGGCAGCAGAGAUGGCUGCCAUGAAGCGACUCUCAAUGCAAUCUGCCUCUCCCAGAGUUUCAGAAGCUGGAAAAAUCACGAACUUGUAUAGGUCAGUUGUAGCAGCGGCAGCAGCUGGUGGAUCGGGUGGAUCGGGCUGCUCCCCAGCUCAAGGUGGAGAUGGCAGAAGGGAAGGUCUGACAGAAGAAAGCACCUCAUAUUCUUCUUCUUCUACCUGGCGACAUCAAGAUCCUUGUAAGAAAUCAGCUAUGCAUUCAUCUUUCUCUCCUGGUUAUAGUCAUGAGUUGAACAUAAAGAGUAUGGAAUGUGGAUCAAGUGAAUAUGGUCAUCUCCCGGAAGACUGUAGAGAACAUGCUGUUGAAAUAUCCAUUCUUGAAGAAGAAUCAGUAACUGCUUUACCAAUCAAGAAUGGAGAAUCAGCUCCUGCCCGUACUAAUACUCCACAUGGUUCUGAAGCUGUUAAACAAUUUCCUAGAACCGUAUGUUCACAGGAAGAAAAUUCAGUGACUACUCCUCACCAUAGUUUGUGUGAUAAUGUAUCGAAGAUGAAAGAUAAAUUACCUGGCUCAAACAAGGUGUCGAGCGUUCAUACCAAGGAUUCUGCCCCUCCCUUGACGGCCGAAAACAAGACUGCACCUAAGCUAAGGAGGAAAUCCAAGAUGCAAAGUGGGACUCCAUCUACUGCAGUGAAAGCCAGUAAAGAUGUGAAAUCAUCAAGAAGCUCCUUGCGUACUGUGAAACCGGUCAUCAGAAACAAGAAUAUCGUCAUAAAGAAAUCGAAGAAGGUAGCAGUAUUAAUUGAUGUCAAGUCAAAAACAUCAUCUGAACCAAAAGGAGGUACUCACAACAGUUCAGGGCAAUUGAUCUGCGAGAGAUGUCAGUGUUCUUUGAGGGAUGCGAGCAAAGAUCCUCCAGCAGAUAGUGAUCCAAAAGAGCUCAUAGGGAACAUUGUAAGAAACAAACCAGACUCUAUCCCAACUAAUUGGAAGGGUGAGGAUGCUCCUGUCAUCAAAACAAGCAAAACCAUGAAAUUGACUGAGAAAGGGGACAUCUCACAAAGUUCAAAGAGCAGCAUCUGUGAUUUUAGCAGCAGUACGACUAGCCUCAGCGAGGAGAGCAGUCUUUGUGGAUCAGCUUGUGGCAAUCGACCACACAUGUCAAAGGACAUGAGAUGGGAAGCAAUCAACCGUAUAAGAAAACAAUGUGGAUUCCUAGGACUGAGCCACUUUAAUUUGUUGAAAAAGCUUGGUUCUGGCGACAUAGGAACGGUCUAUCUUGCUGAGCUGAUUGGGACUAAUUGCCCUUUUGCAAUAAAGGUUAUGGACAAUGAGUUCUUGGCAAGAAGGAAGAAAAUGCCUAGAGCACAAACCGAAAGAGAAAUCCUCAAAAUGCUGGACCAUCCGUUUCUUCCAACACUUUAUGCCCAGUUUACUUCAGACAAUUUAUCGUGUCUGGUUAUGGAGUUCUGUCCUGGCGGAGACCUACAUGUUCUCCGACAGAAGCAACCCGGCCGGUUCUUCCCAGAACAGGCAGCAAGAUUCUAUGUUGCAGAGGUCCUCCUUGCACUUGAAUAUUUGCACAUGCUUGGCAUUGUAUACCGGGAUCUCAAACCCGAAAAUAUUCUUGUCCGUGAAGACGGCCACAUUAUGCUUACAGAUUUUGACCUCUCGCUCAGAUGCUCUGUCAAUCCAACUCUCAUUAAAUCAUCCGCCUUGGGUAUUGAACCGCCUCGAGUUUCUGGCCCGUGCGCAGGAUCCAACUGCAUUGAUCCCUUCUGUAGUGCACCUUCUUGUAAAGUUUCGUGCUUUAGUCCCCGACUGUUACCUGCUGCUUCCCGAGCAAGGAAGGUCAAAGCUGACGAUGCAGCUGCAAGACUCAGAUCAUUACCUCAGCUCGUGGCUGAGCCUACAGAGGCACGCUCCAAUUCCUUUGUCGGCACACAUGAAUACUUAGCUCCGGAGAUCAUCAAGGGGGACGGCCAUGGCAGUGCAGUUGAUUGGUGGACAUUUGGCGUUCUUCUGUACGAGCUUCUAUACGGGAAGACACCCUUUAAAGGUGCUGGAAAUGAAGAGACAUUAACCAAUGUUGUUUUGCAGAACCUCAGAUUUCCGGACACUCCCAUUGUCAGCUUCCAUGCCAGGGACUUGAUCCGAGGCCUUUUGGUCAAGGAACCUGAAAACCGACUGGGGACAGAAACUGGAGCUGCCGAGAUCAAAAGGCACCCCUUCUUCGACGGUCUGAACUGGGCCCUUAUCCGGUGCGCCGUUCCUCCACAAAUCCCUGAGUUUUUUGACAGCGGAAACCCCCACCCCCACCCCCACCCCCACCCCCAAAUUGGGCAUCAGGACAAAGGGAAAAGGUUGGAGUACAAUGGUAAUGGAGAACAUGAACAUGUGGAGUUUGAACUGUUCUAGUGAAGACAUGGUUUCUUGUUAAGGUGAUGUUUCUUGCUCGCAUUGCAUAUUAAGCAGGGAAAUGUAUUUUCUAGACUGUUAAGUCUGUAACACUAUAUAUAUAUAUAUAUAUAUAUGUCUCCUUCACAAUAUAUAUAUGGCAGCCAGUGGUUGCUUUAAUCUAAAAUAAAACCUUUGGUUUAUUCUAUC